AUGGGUGACGCCUCCUAUACGAUGGAAGGACCCGUUUACUCAACGGUUGUUGCCACGCCGUGGCAAAGAAUCAAGCUGGAUGUAAAAUCAGACCAGCCACGGUAUACUCGGCCAAGGAAUACCAAGAGCCCGAUCCCCGAUGGCUUGAUCGAGGAUAACCAGUUGGCGCAACGUCUGCAGCCGAACGGAGGCGCAGGGACGGCCCUGGCGUACGGUACGUAC